UUCUCACAUUAUGGAAGGAACUUCUCGAACACUUCCUUACACUAUAAGAUUCGUUGGUCUUCUUGGCAGUCACUCUCUUGGUAUAAAUCCAAAGUUUAUGGCUACUGUGGUAGGUUUAGGAAGGGAAUUGAUAAGGCGAAAGAUUAAACUUGCCUGUGGACGAGGUAGUGUUGGCCUUCAAGGAGCAGUUGCUUCAACAGUCUUCACCAAUGGUGGUCUCGUUAGAGGUUUCAUUCUUGGGUACAUAGCAAUACGGCGGGUCUACGGACCUACAUAUGGCGUAGAGCACACAGUUUCCAGCAAUUACUACAAAUAUUUUGAGAUGAAUCAUGCUGUGGAAGCUUUCAUUGUUCUUCCCGGAGGAGUUGACACUAUGGAAGACAAGUUAGAGUUUGCUAAAGCUUUCCCGGGGCCAGGGGCGAUGAUGCGCAUGGUCGACAUAAGCCAACGGCUGCGCGUCAGCGAAGACGAUCAGACCAGGGGCUACGUCGAGAUCGCCGACCUCAAUGAGUCGCUGAAGGCGGCUAAGGAGCAAUUCCGACAGGCUGAGGAGCAGGCUCAGCAGCUCGCGGAAAAGGCUGCUCGCAAGGCGCGCCAGGAGGGUCGCGAUCAGGCCGUGGCCGAGUUCAUAUCCUCGGGUGCAUUCCAGGAGGAAGCCUUCGCUCGCAUGAACGAUUUGCUCAAGGCAUGGGGGCAAACUCCCGAAGGGAAGGCAUUCGCUCGCUCCGAAGUGACGUCGUGGUACAACCUCGGUUUGUUCCGAGCGCAGCAAGUACUUUCAGACAGGUUCCUCGCUGGGGAGGACUUCCCUGAGCCGUGCGACAACCCUGAUGAGUUCGACACUUCCAUCUACUACCUAAAUGGCGGGGACACAACCGGAAAGCAGACGAAUGCUGAGUGAUAUGACUUAUACUUUUUGUAUUUGAUGCCUAUAUAUAGAGCCAUACAUUCUUCAUCAUUUUCACACCAAAAUUAUCCCAUUAGUUAGAGGAGAGUUCAGAGAGUCGAGAGAAGCUGUCCGGAGAGCUUCCCGUCGCCGGAGCAAGCGGUGGUGUUCGCCGGAAGUUUCGCCGUUUUUCCGCCGGAAUCAUCGUUUCACUUCAAUGUAAGCCCGUAGAUAUAUCUAGUGACUAGAAUGUUCGUAUAGAUCGUUUCUACGCUCAUAAAUGGUUGUUUGGUUGAGUUUUGUGUUUGACAUAUGUGAAGAACCAAGAAUCAUAAACCUUGAAUUUGUUGUUAAAACUUCGAAUUGAUGCCUCUAAAAUGAUCUACGAACCUUGGAGAACAUUUCUAUAUAGUUUAAUUGAAGUUUGGUGACCAAAAAUGGAACUUGAGAAAAAUGGGUUAGAGGUUGGAGAUGA